CCAACGCACAAGGACCCCCUGUUUCCCGAAGACUUAUUCACGCUAGAACAACGUCGUAAUGGUGCUGUUGUAUUACACAUUCUUGGCGUAAUAUAUAUGUUUGUCGCACUGGCAAUUGUAUGCGACGAGUUCUUUGUGCCUUCUUUAGACGUGAUCAUUGAGAAACUGGGCAUUACGGACGAUGUGGCCGGUGCGACCUUCAUGGCGGCCGGGGGCAGUGCCCCGGAACUGUUCACCAGCGUGAUCGGUGUGUUCGUUUCGUUCGACGAUGUCGGUAUCGGUACGAUUGUCGGUUCCGCCGUGUUCAACAUCCUGUUCGUUAUCGGUAUGUGUGCGUUGUUCUCCAAAACCCUACUAACACUGACCUGGUGGCCGUUAUUUCGCGAUUGUACGUUCUACAGUGUUAGUUUGCUUACGUUAAUCUAUUUUUUUCGUGAUAACUCGAUCGAGUGGUGGGAGGCGCUAGUGCUGUUUAUAAUCUAUAUCGCGUACGCAGUGUUUAUGAAAUUUAACCAGACAGUGGAGAGAUGUGUGAAGAAGAUUAUCUAUAAAAAUAAGGUGACCAGAGUUCGAAGCACUGAUCAACUUAUGCCUGCAGAAAUUGGCUUGCUAGAAGAGUAUAAACGUCCUGGAAAUCGAGAUACCGACAGUCCUCAACUGCAAGGUAAUGCAGCCAAUUCGUCGGAAACGUCUAUGGCGACACAACCAGGCGGCUCGGUGACGUCGAGGGCGGCCUCCGAGAGCCGAUCGGGGCCGCCCGGUUCGAGUAGUGGUAACGUACCGGCCCAUCACAACCAAACCGCAACCGGGGCCAAAUUCCGACAUGGUCUGCUGCAGCUGAUGAUCCACACGAUAGAUCCACUGCACGAUGAUCCCGUUCCAGGUAAAGUCGAUGAAAAGGCGACGCAGUUGCACGCGAUAGCGUCGUUAAAAGUGCUACUGGAUGCCACCAAGCCGCAACGGGGAGCUGCCACGUCGUCCGCGGCGAAUCAUGUUAAGAUUAAUUUAAGAGAAACCACCUUAGCUAGUGAUCGUCCAAAUGGAAAUAUAGAUACGACAAUUGAUUCGGGUAACGAAUUAGAAGAAGAACCACCAGAGGCAUUAAGCAUGUCUUGGCCAAAGACAAAUAGGAAACGAAUAACCUACCUAUUAGUUGCUCCAAUUAUCUUUCCACUGUACUUAACACUUCCUGACACUAGAACACCAAGGGGUAAGAAGUAUUACCCGGUAACGUUUAUAGGUUCGAUUUUGUGGAUAGCCGCAUACUCGUAUCUUAUGGUGUGGUGGGCUAAUGUUGCUGGUGAUACGGCGAAAAUACCACCGGAGGUGAUGGGACUGACGUUUUUAGCAGCUGGUACCUCAAUUCCCGAUCUGAUCACAUCUGUGAUUGUGGCCCGAAAGGGCUUUGGCGACAUGGCGGUGUCGAGUUCGGUCGGUAGUAACAUUUUCGACGUGACGGUUGGCCUUCCCAUCCCGUGGCUUCUGUACGGCAUCAUCUACGGCCAGCCGGUGGAGGUGAACUCGGUCGGCAUGGUCUGCUCGAUCACGAUCCUGUUCUUGAUGUUGCUGUUUGUCAUCAUGUCGAUAGCCUGCUUCCGCUGGCGUAUGAACAAGAGCCUAGGGCUUAUCAUGUUUUUGUUAUACUUCGUAUUCGUUGCCGUUUCACUCAUGUUUGAAUACGAUGUGUUAGUAUGUCCGUUUUAAAUAAGUACGCUUAAUACGCUAGACAAAAAAAGACACAGAGGCAGUGGUAACUAAACAGAAUCAUCUACUUUAGGAGUUACGUUUUACGAACGAGAAAAAAAGAUAAAAAGAAAACAAAAAAGACGAAAAAAGUAAACCAACUAAAUUAAACUUAGAAUAUAGGAAAGGAAGCAAACCCACUUGAUGCUAGGUCUAGGUAAGUUUUUACCUAGCUAAACGGAUGACGCAACUGAAGUUGAAUAUAUUAAUAUGUAUAGUUAUAUAGAAGAAUGCUAACAUUAAAGAGCAAAACAACAAUAGAUUAGAGAGCGGAUGGGGCGUAGAUAAGCGAAAUUCAUUCUAUAUAGGAAAUGUUUAGUCGAAGGAGAAACAUCCUAAGAAAAGGCAUCAUAAUGUGCAGAAAAGCGAAGCUAGUUGUUCCCAUGCAAAGAAACGAAACCUAAGCGAAAACUAAAACAAGACAUAUAACGAAGAGAAUAAAGCAACAAGAACCUUCUAUUGAACACAACUUAUUUUAGAUUUUUAUCUCCUCUUCUUCAUGCAACUAUAGUAUCGAGUCUAUUAUCAUACAUUUUGAAUUGUAUUCAACCAAAACAACCUAUAUUCGAACGGAAUCUUACCUAACAAAGAAUACAUCUAGUUAAUACAAGAAUCAACUAAUUAAACCAGUAAAACUGUAUUUAAGCAUGCAUCUCUUUCUUCUACAAGAACAAAUUCUAUAAGAAUCUAGACUUAAACAAACAAACAAAAAAAAAAAGAAUAAAUUUAAGCAACAAUUUUCAA